AAGAAGCUGCUCACUGGCUGGCAGUGGAAGAAGAUGGAACGAGAUGGAUUUUGGCCGAGAUUCUGCACAUUUUCUCAUCGAUUAAACAUUUGAUCUCAAUAUAAUCUGUUAUGAACAGAGUGGACUAAGUUUUGUAGACUUUACCCUUUGUAAAAUAAAAAUAAAAACGCGUUGUUUAGAACGAGUGCAAAAAUAAAAACGCGUUGUUUAGAACGAGUGCAAAGGCGAAUUGAGUUAUUCAGGGUUUAUUAAUUUGUUUGAGACGAUUGUAAGAAUUAAUUGUAAUCAAUCUGCCUUUGUUGUCGUUAUUCUGUCAAGGAAAUAAUGGCGAAUGCUGUCACCAAAAACCCACUUCCGGUGUGUCAGAACGGGAAAAGUAGGCGUUUCAAGAUGUGGUAUUUUCUGUUUGUGGUAGUAGGGAGAUAACCAUAGUAACGGAUACAGGCGCACAUAGGUAGGUCUGAGGCCAACACAGAAGUAGGUGUGAGAGGCAUCGACUAUAGUUAUUUUCUUCCAUGUAUUUGUAAUGUUUGUUAUGUCAACUAACUGAACAUUUUCAGUUGUACACGCGGAACUCUCUAAAGCAGGUAUUUUUUUUGCACAAACGCGUUUGCAAUGCUUGCAUCGGAGGCUGCAAUGACUAAAAGUUAUUUGACAACUUCAACUGGAUCGAAAGCCAAAGUGCAUCGAAGAAAACCUGCGAUCCCAGUUAUCAAACAUAUAGCAAAAGACAAUGAUCAAGAGAAACAGGAAGUUCUCACCAAACCUAUUGAACUCAGUCGUGUGAUACAUUUUCUUGAGGAUCCUUUAGCAGCUACUUUGAAAGAGAGACAGAUUUUUGCUUUGAAGAAAGUAGUGAAGAGAUGUCAAAAAGGCUUUCUUUUGAAAGAGCUGGCUGAUGUUUUUAAGAUUUUAUAUAUCUGUGCUGAGAAGUCCAAAGAUCACCCUGAAUAUACUUCAGUGCUAUGUGACUUACUGAAGAUUUGUAGGCUUCCUUUUCUAAAGGAAAAGACCUCUGAUGAAGUGACCUACGCACAGACUGUCAAAGAAUCACUCUCUCAGAUGGGGUUCCUGAUGAGGGUGCCAAACGCUGAAGUGAGGAACCAAAUCUGCCACUCUAUUAUAUCCGUGUACAGCUCUGUGACAUCAAAACACUGUGUGGAUGGACUCCACCCUACCAGCCUAGGCUACAGGGUGCAGCUGUUGGAGCAGAGUGGGCUGGCUGAGACUCUGGUCCUGUCCAUGGCCCUCCUGGAGAACCAGCCUGCAGUCAAGCUCCAGGUCCUACAGACUCUUCAGAUGCUCUCCAGCUCCUCUGAUGUGAACUGUAGCCUAAUAUUAAAGGCACAGGGGGCAGAGCAGAUCUGUUUCCAUAUGAAUGAGCCAGACCCAUCAGGGCAAGUCCUGUUCCGCUCCUCGGAGAUCCUAUGGAACUUGCUGGAGAGAGGUUGCAAAGAGGAGGUUACAGCUCAACUCAGCAACAUGGACUGUAUUAUGGCUCUGAAAGAGGCAUUUUUGCACCAGCUGCUGAAUGGCUUUCGACAUUAUGACUUCCAACUCAGGAAUGAUCUACUGGUGAUCACAACUCUCAUAGCUGAAAACCCCAAAUCUCCACUCAUUGAAAGUUUAUUUGCCAAGCAGCUCAUUCUUUUUGUUACGUUUCCAGAACUCAAGAGUCACAACCCGUUGGUGCGCAACCUCAAGCUAUCCUAUAACAAUGAAGAUUUUGAGAUGAAAAGGUUGCUACUAAAUCUGGUUGUUGUCAUGUCAAAAGACUUAUCUGCUCUGCAGCUGUUCAAAGAGGGCCAUGUUGUCCUGGCCCUGCUCCACCUAGUGAAGCCCACUGCUGCUCCUCCUGAAGGCCAGUCAGGGCCACGCAACUGGACCCCUGUCCAGCAGGAGGAGCUGCAGCUGCAGGCUCUGGCCACUCUGGCCACCGUGGCUCCACUGAUGCUGGAUGACUACAUGACCUGCCAGGGAAACACCUGCCUUCUGCUGCUGCUGGAGUGGUGCACUGAGCGAGAUGCCUACUUUGGACAGGGCCAUAGUUUCCAUGGCACUGGAGGGAGGGGCAGUAAGAAGGCUCAGAUGCGUUACUGUGUGAGGCUGCUGAGAUCCAUGGCAUCCCUAGGCAACGAAGCAAUCAACCAGGACCUCUUUGAUCAAGGAGCCAUCAGCCAGCUGCUUGUGAUCAUUAUGCAGAUGGAGGGGAGUCCUGAGGAGGAGGACGUUAUUACCUUGGAGAUCAAGGCUGACAUUCAGCUGAUCCUGUCAGCACUCUGCGAGAACAAUCCACACAGAAAGGAAUUGUUUGGAUCGGAGGGAGUUGAGAUGACGGUGCAUUUCCUCAAGAUGAGCACUGAGAAGUUCUACAGUGGCCUGGGACACAACAAACUCAUCCUCUCCACCGUGGAUUGUGUCUGGUCCUGUAUCGUUGGAUGCUACACCACAGAAGAUGUGUUUUUGGAAAAAGAAGGCAUUUUCCUUCUGCUUGACUUGCUUCAUUCGAGCCCUAGGAACAUGCAGAACGUGGUCCUUGGAACCCUGCUGGAGCUGUGUGACAACCCCAAGACGAUGUCUCACAUCCUGGCCUGGCGAGGGCAGAAGAGCCUGACCACCCCGGGGCUACUCUUACAGCUCUGGAGGCAGGAAGAGGCAGAGCUGGGGGUGAGCAGAGACCUCUAUGGAAGGAUCUCAGAUCCCAAGAAGCCUAUUCUGUGUUAUUACCAAGAGGAGGAGGAUUCCCAGGUAUCACUGCCUGCUAACAGGCCUAGUGCUGCAGUGAUGGAUGUGUCUGAGAACCUUCGCUUCAAGAUCUACUCUGUCUUCUGUAAACUUGGUUUUGAAGCCCUGCCUGGAUUGUCAACGGAAGAUUAUAUCACCCUAAGCAUUGUCACCAGAUAUCUGGACUUUAAGGUUGGCGAGGUGUGGGAUGAGAUCUCCAAAGAGUUGAGCCUGGAGGGAGUGAGACCAGUCACCCCUGACGAAGAGGCCCUGGAUACCAUUGCUAAGAUGACAGAGGACACAGCCAGGAGAGUCAUCACACAGCAGAGCAGCAUGCUGGAGCAACGGGACAAGGAGGACGUCAGUGAGGAGAAACGCAUGUAUACAGAGAUAAGUUCCAACUGGAAACAGCAGGAGCUUACAGCCCAGUCUUGGGAGCAUUUUGUGGCAAAGACAUCAAACUACAAGAUUUUAAAGGAGACAAAAGAGCAUCAGGAGAGAUCUAUUGACUCAUCCAGACCUAAACCAAAGCAUAAGGAAGCUAUAUUCCAUCCUACACAGAUUCAUGGCUUACAAAUUACAAAAUUCUGUGGGCGGGUGAUGACUGUAGAGAGCACUCCAGCCCACCUGACAGGAGGGCCCCUGGCCAAUACAGAGCUGGCCCUGGAGAGGGUGCCCAUCCAGGGUGGAGCCCUGAGGAAACUCCCCACUGCCACUGAGGACACAGAGUAUUUCAACACAGUUUCAGUCAAAUAAAUACCCCACCUCCUCUUAUAGCUUUGCUCAGUGUUUGUUCACUAUUUACUACAGGUCUCCAUGUACAAUUUGGUGUGUUAGCUUGAGAGUGAACAUACAGACAGGAAUUCAUCAAUCCAGCAUGAACAAUCAAAAUUAGACUACUAGUAUCUACUAGUAACAGAUAUUAUUGGAUGGAUUAAACAGAUUUGAAAUGAUUAAAAUUGUGCUGUAACUGAA